GCUGUGGAGGACAAAACCUGCACCUCUGAUUCUGACUUAACCAUCGAGGCAUCAAACACUUAUGAGUCAGAGCGGCAUAAAAUCAAGGAGCAUCGUUUGGAUCAAGAACACACGUUGAUGAGUGCUUCUGAGAGUGAGGUCGAUAAAGAGAAUACUACUGCAUCAAACAGAAGACUGAAGAGGAAAGCUGUGGAUGAAGACCCUGGACUGCACACAUCACUGAAAAAGCUGAACCCUCUCGGCCCUGUUGCUGCUGACAGACUGCACACCCAGUGUAAAGAAGAGCAGGACCACAUCCCCAUAUUAAAGAUCAACUCAGUCUGUUCAGUGGCCUCCCCUGCUCCAUCGCCACAGGCCUGCUCAGGAUCCACGAGCGCCAUGGCCCCCGCCCCAGAGUUGAAAAUCGGCCAGAAGCUCAAUGAGGGCAAGACUAAACAGAUUUUCGAGCUCGUGGACCAGCCGGGACUGGUUCUAGUCCAGUCUAAAGACCAGAUCACUGCUGGGAACGCCGUGAGCAAAGAUCAGAUGGAGGGCAAAGCUGCCGUUGCCAACAAAACCACGAGCUGCGUGUUCCAGCUGCUGCAGGAGUCUGGCAUUAAGACGGCCUUUGUUAAGCAGCACUCGGACACGGCGUUCAUCGCUGCGCGCUGCGAGAUGAUACCCGUUGAGUGGGUGUGUCGCAGGGUGGCGACUGGAUCUUUCCUCAAGAGGAAUCCAGGAGUCAAAGAGGGCUACCGCUUUUCUCCUCUAAAGAUGGAGAUGUUCUUUAAAGAUGAUGCCAACAAUGAUCCUCAGUGGUCAGAGGAGCAGCUGCUGGAGGCCAAACUGUGUCUGGCUGGGCUCACUAUUGGUCAGUGUGAGGUGGACAUAAUGAGCCGCAGCACUCUGGCCAUUUUUGAGAUGGUGGAGAAGGCCUGGGCCACUCAGAACUGCUCCCUGGUGGACAUGAAGAUUGAAUUUGGCGUCAGUGUGAAAAGUCGAGAGAUUGUGCUCGCUGACGUGAUUGACAACGAUUCGUGGAGGCUUUGGCCAGCUGGAGAUCGGAGCCAGCAAACAGACAAACAGGUGUACAGAGAGCUGAAGGAAGUGACCCCAGAGGCAAUGCAGAUGGUGAAGAGGAGUUUUGAGUGGGUCUCUGAAAGGGUCAAGUUGCUGCUGGAGCCCCAGGCAAGCAGCAGGGUGGUGCUUUUAAUGGGCUCCACCUCAGACGUGGCCCAUUGUGAAAAGAUAAGAAAGGCGUGCGCCUCCUACGGGAUCCCCUGUGUCCUCAGAGUCACCUCGGCACACAAGGGUCCAGAUGAGACGCUCCGCAUUAAAGCUGAAUAUGAAGGUGAUGGCAUACCCACUGUGUUCGUGGCUGUGGCUGGGAGGAGUAACGGCCUCGGCCCAGUGAUGUCUGGUAACACGGCUUACCCUGUGAUCAGCUGUCCUCCUCUCACUCCAGACUGGGGACCACAAGAUGUCUGGUCAUCCCUCCGCACGCCAAGUGGUCUUGGCUGCUCCACCGUGUUGUCUCCUGAAGCUUGUGCUCAGUUUGCAGCGCAGAUCUUGGGGUUGAGGGACCACCUGGUGUGGUGCAAACUGAGGGCAUCCAUGCUCAACACCUGGGUGUCUCUCAAGCUGGCUGACAAGAAGUUACAGGCCUGCAGCCUCUGAAGAGCCCAGCGUGCAUCACACUCAACAAAAGAGCUUUGGUCCAUUUAGCACCCUUGAAGCGAACUGCAGGACUGAAAACGACACAAUUCAUUUAUUGAGACCAAGUUUAUAACAUGGAACAGUUUCUAACAGAUUUGUUGUAGUUACUCAUUUUAAUGGAAUUUUAUAGAACUUUUUAAUUUGUUUAUUUAUUUUUGCAUGCAUGUUGUUGCUGCCUGUGUUUCAUUGUAUCAUUUUUGUAACUAGCUGCUGCCUAUCGUCAGGUCUCCCUAAAAAAAGGUUUUUGUUUCAGUGGGAUCUACCUGGCUGAAAAAAAGUUCAAUUACAAACAUUGUUUACUAUGAAAACCCAUUAACUGUAGAUGUUUGUCACACAUAUGAUUGAAGCAUGUAUGUAUUUGUAUGCUUCUUAAGACACAGCUUUUGGAUCACAGCAGAAAAAGUGGAAUCGAAACAUGUAAACAGUUUGUUCACGGUGGCUCAGCACAGACACGUGGACAGGAAGUUGUGUCAUGGAGCUUUCUUUUCUGACUCGAUGCAAUAAAACAUUUAAAUACUCGUA